AUGCUGCUGAAAUCCUUCUACGCAUUUGGAUUAGUUUGCGGUCUUGUGCCUGCGCCCCUGGGAAAAGUGAGGUUUCUUCGGGGAUGUUCGCAGAGAUGGUACCUCCUAUACACGGCCUGCCUGCACGGAGUCCUCCUGAUCCUGCUGCCCUUCACCUUCCCCCAGUUCCUGCACAAAGAAAGCAACAUAGGCAACAAUAUGGUUCUUCAAUGGACCUUUACCUUAACCAGUAUCACCCGCGUACUGGCCAUGUUAUCGGGUGGUCUAAUGAUGUGGCUAAGAAGGAAAAAGCUCCUGAGAUUAAGUGAAAACCUUUUAAAUCACUGCCUAAAGUGCAGAAUGCUUGAUGAUCGUACCACCAAGUACACCACCUUGUGGAAGAAAAUUCGAGGACUACUUACCCAGACAUUGAUUGUCGUGUUUCUCACCAUUUCUGUGGCUGCCUUAAUUUUGCAGAAAAUCGAUACAUAUCACUCUUUUAUCAAUGUAUCAAUGAUUGUGGUGCACGUCACCCAAUUUAUAUACGUGGUCAUCAUGAUGGCCGGGGUAUAUGUGAUCCUCUUAGUCCUCCACUGGCAAAGUGAACUGGUUUAUGUUGCUCUAAAAGAUCUCUGUGUGCUUCUCAACCACGAAGAGCGGAACUCCUUGGUGCUGGCGGAAACUAAAGCGAAAAAGUCUCUGGCCAUCCUGCAUAACCUACGUCAGCUUUAUGCCGAAAAUCGGCGACUCAUUCGUGAAGUUUUUGGAACCUUUGACAUUCCAAUUGCCUUUAUGUUGCUUAAAAUGUUUGUUACAAAUAUAAAUCUGGUUUACCAUGGCGUGCAAUUUGGAAAUGCAUCCAUAGAAACCUCUAGAUACACGAAAAUACUGGGACAAUUUGUUGUAAUUUCCCAUUAUUGGUAUGCAAUUCUGCUGAUGAAUGUUGUGGAUGAUGUGACCCGUGGAAGUAUUCUCAAAAUGGGAAGCCUCUUGCGAGAAUUUAGUCAUCUGGAACUGGUGAAAAGAGACUUUCAAGUGCAGCUGGAAAUCUUUUCCGAUCACUUGCGUUGUCAUCCUGCAGCCUAUAAGGUUUGCGGUCUAUUUAUUAUCAAUAGACAAACGAGUUUGGUUUAUUUUUUCUACGUCCUGGUUCAAGUUUUAGUGCUUGUGCAAUUUGAUUUAAAGAAUAAAGUUGAAGAUACACAUUAA